GUGCGGUGUGAGCUGGAAGAGAGUCGCGCUGCGUGUCUGCUUCGCCGCUUGUUGCCUUUCUAAUAACAAGGACUGUUUAGUUGUUGUUUUUUUACGUUUGGAUUUCUACAUAAUCCCCCCUCCCUCCUCUAUCGUUUAUCUGGAUCGACUGUCCAUGACGGGAAAUCUGCUGUGACCUUUUUCUCUGGUGGAAAAAGUGGUCCGGUGCCAGCGGGGCGGUGAGUACCCGCUGCUGCUGUGGCGGCUCAUCGUUUUGGAAGGGCUUCGAGCUUCUGAGUGCUGCCGCCACGGAAAUAACACUUCGUCGCAAAGAUGGACCUGAAACUGCUUUUAAUAUCUGCAUUGUUAGGAGUAUACUGCACUGCUCAGAAAGAGGGGAAUGAGUGCAUCAGUGCAAAUGCCAGGUACUGUGGAGAGUGCAUCCAGGCCGGAGCAAAAUGUGGCUGGUGUACAGACCCGGACUUCCUAAAACAAGGUGAGACUGUUUCUACUCGAUGUGAUGAGCUGCAGUCUCUAAAGAACCGAGGUUGCGAAGAGAGGUUGAUAGAGAAUCCUCAUGGAGGGAAGAGAGUUCUCAAGAAUAAACCGGUGACAAACCGAAGAAAAGGAGCAGAAAAACUAAAGCCAGAAGAAAUCACUCAGAUCCAACCUCAAAAGCUCAAUCUCACCCUCAGAUCAGGCGAGCCGCAGUCUUUCAAUCUGAAGUUCAAACGGGCAGAAGAUUAUCCCAUUGACCUGUAUUACUUGAUGGACCUAUCUUACUCGAUGAAAGACGAUCUGGAGAAUGUGAAGAACUUGGGAACCAGUUUAAUGCUAGAAAUGUCAAAGAUCACAUCUGACUUCAGGAUAGGCUUUGGUUCUUUUGUGGAGAAGACGGUUAUGCCAUACAUCAGCACCACUCCAGCCAAGCUGUUGAACCCAUGCACCGGUGACCAGAAUUGCACCAGCCCAUUCAGCUACAAGAAUGUUUUAAAGCUCACCAGUGACGGCAAAAACUUCAACACUCUGGUGGGGCAACAGCAUAUUUCAGGAAACCUGGACUCUCCUGAGGGGGGCUUCGAUGCCAUCAUGCAAGUGGCUGUGUGUGGGGAUCAGAUUGGCUGGAGGAAUGUGACUCGCCUGCUGGUGUUUUCCACUGAUGCUGGCUUCCACUUUGCAGGAGAUGGCAAGCUAGGUGGCAUUGUCCUGCCUAAUGAUGGAAAAUGUCAUUUGGAGAACAAUUCAUAUACCAUGAGCCACUACUAUGACUAUCCCUCAAUUGCUCACUUGGUUCAGAAGCUGAGCGACAACAACAUUCAAACCAUAUUUGCUGUGACAGAGGAGUUUCAGCCCGUGUAUCAAGAGCUCAAAAAUUUGAUACCAAAGUCUGCAGUGGGCACCCUGUCUGCCAAUUCAAGCAAUGUGAUCAACCUCAUUAUCGAUGCUUACAAUUCGCUUUCAUCUGAGGUCAUUUUGGAGAACAGCAAGCUUCCAGAGGGAGUGACCAUUGCUUACACAUCCCGUUGUAAGAAUGGAGUCAUUACUGAGGGUGAAAAUGGACGAAAGUGCUCUAACAUCUCAAUUGGAGAUGAGGUCACAUUUACCAUCAGUGUAACAUCGAAGGGCUGUCCAAAACAAGGCAAGCCUGAGACAAUCAAGAUAAAGCCCCUAGGAUUCACGGAAGAGGUCGAGAUUACCCUCAACUUUAUUUGUGAGUGUGAAUGCCAUAAGGAGGGUGUCGCCAACAGCGAGAACUGCCAUUAUGGGAACGGGACUUACGAAUGUGGAGCCUGCAAGUGUUAUGAAGGACGUGUUGGCAAACAGUGUGAAUGCAGCAGCAAUGAUGUGGCUACGGAGGACAUGGACCGCACCUGCCGCAAAGACAAUGGCACUGACAUCUGCAGCAACAAUGGAGACUGCGUUUGUGGCACGUGCGAAUGCAAGAAGAGAGUCGAUCGGGAGGAGCGCUACAGCGGGCAGUACUGCGAGUGUGACAACUUUAACUGUGACCGCUCAGGGAACAAACUGUGUGGAGGGCAUGGACGUUGUGAGUGCAGAGUCUGCAUCUGUGACAACAUGUGGACUGGGAGCGCCUGUGACUGUUCUCUAGAUACCAGCACAUGUUUGGCCAGCAACAGGCAGAUUUGCAAUGGCAGAGGGACCUGCGAAUGUGGCACUUGCAAGUGCACUGACCCCAAAUUCCAGGGUCCCACCUGCGAAACAUGCCCUACCUGCCCAGGAGUGUGCACCGAACACAAAGAGUGCGUCCAGUGUCGGGCAUUUGGUACAGGUGAGAAGAAGGAAACGUGCGAACGGGACUGCAGCUACUUCAACUUGUUCAAAGUGAAGGAUAGGGACAAACUGCCUCAACCCAACGAUGCCUCCUAUCCCGUGAUGCACUGUAAGGAGAGGGACGCAAACGACUGCUGGUUCUACUACACCUACGCUGUCAACAACAACACAGAGAAGGAGGUCCAUGUGGUUGAAACUCUGGACUGUCCUGCUGGUCCUAACAUCAUCCCCAUUGUGGUGGGCGUAGUUGCUGGCAUUGUCUUGAUUGGUUUAGCCCUGCUGCUCAUCUGGAAACUGCUGACAAUCAUCCAUGACAGAAGAGAAUUUGCCAAAUUUGAGAAGGAAAAGAUGAACGCCAAAUGGGACACGGGUGAAAAUCCCAUCUACAAAAGUGCUGUUACGACUGUGGUCAAUCCCAAAUAUGAAGGAAAAUAAUGAACAAGAAUUUGACAUCUACAGUAUUUGUUGUAGGUUUGGCUUCUGAGGAGGAUUUUGUUGUUUCCUGUGUUUGCUUUGCCAUUACAAUGCACAUGUGUUUUUAUUUUUACUAACACAUAUUUAUAUGCUUUUGUUGUAUUUUAGAUGUACAUACAGUAUGUAUAUAUACUUUUCAAAUGCAUAUUUCUUGGAAGUUUAUGGAUUUAAGUUGUUUUUCUAACCUGCCAAAGGUCUGGUGCGGGCAUAUUAUUUUGCUUGUUUUACCAGAACGUGAAUAUCCCGAAUAUUACUUUCUGCCCCAGAAAUAGAAAUAUUUAGCUUCCAAAAUGUUGUGCUAAACUGCCAGCUCAUAUUCAAAUCUCUCUCCACUCUUGUCUUUCUGCACUGACUGUUUGUCUGUGGUGUCUUACUAUGUGAGAGAACCUGAGAUGCUUUUAAUAAAUCGUCAGCCAUAGCAGCACAUUUUGCAGCAAUAUGUGUAUAUCUUGAAAAUUAAAUACAAUACCAAUUUCAUUCUUCAGUUUAGCAUUUUGGUGAGGUUUUCAUGCCACAAAAGUGAAUAUUUGUAAAUGUAGUUUGGACUGCAGCAGUUUUAUUGCAUUUUUGCAUAUGUUGAAGGCAUUACACCCCAAUAUAAAUGUUUCAUAUCAAUUAUCAUUUGUAUGGUUGAUAUGGCGUCAUAAAUGGACUUUAUACCACUUGUAAAAAUAUGAAAUGAUGGCAGUGCUGAGGCAAAAGAUUUUUUUUUUUAAGAUAGCAAUUGUAAUACAUGUAAUUUACCAAUAACAGUGACUUCUUUAUUCUCAGGUCCUUUCCUUGUUUUUGCCAAGCACACCAAAAAAAUGUUCUUUUGUGCACUUGUUUCUCCGUCAUCUUUUUAUUUUGUUUUUCAAAAAUAUUUUAACAUUGUUCACCUUAAUGCCUCAGAAGCACCAUGCACGCGCCUUUACAGUAUUGUUUGAAAAGUGCCUUUUAUUUCAGUUACCAUGUUCUCUCCCAAUGCUGUAAUGACUUAUUUAUUAAAUAAACCCCAAAAACAG